CGGGGAUGCGCUUCCCUCCCGGCGGCGGCGGCACGGAUAGAGCGCGGCCGCGGAGCUGGAGCAGAGCAGCCCCCCCGACGCUGAGGAGAUGGCGACCAGCCCGUUACCCGGCCCCACCGACAUCUUGCUGCCCUCCCCGUCCAGCGCCUACCCGCCGGACCCCAUGAACCAGCCGAGGGCCGGCCACGCCGCCAUGAAGCCCAACCAAGUGGGGCAGGUGAUCCUCUACGGCAUCCCCAUCGUCUCCUUGGUCAUCGACGGGCAGGAGCGGCUGUGCCUGGCCCAGAUCUCCAACACCCUGCUGAAGAACUUCAGCUACAACGAGAUCCACAACCGCCGGGUGGCCCUGGGCAUCACCUGCGUGCAGUGCACGCCGGUGCAGCUGGAGAUCCUGCGGCGGGCCGGGGCCAUGCCCAUCUCCUCCCGCCGCUGCGGCAUGAUCACCAAGCGGGAGGCCGAGCGGCUCUGCAAGUCGUUUUUGGGGGAGAACCGGCCCCCCAAGCUGCCGGAUAACUUCGCCUUCGACGUGUCCCACGAGUGCGCCUGGGGGUGCCGCGGGAGCUUCAUCCCGGCCCGUUACAACAGCUCCCGGGCCAAGUGCAUCAAGUGCAGCUACUGCAGCAUGUACUUCUCCCCCAACAAGUUCAUCUUCCACUCCCACCGCACCCCCGACGCCAAGUACACCCAGCCCGACGCCGCCAACUUCAACUCCUGGCGCCGCCACCUCAAGCUCACCGACAAGAGCCCCCAGGACGAGCUGGUCUUCGCCUGGGAGGACGUCAAGGCCAUGUUCAACGGCGGCAGCCGCAAGCGGGCCCUGCCGCCCGAGGAGGAGGGCGAGGAAGAGCCCCGCGGCGGAGAUCCAGGCCGCUUCCCUCCCGCCCGGGGCCUGCCGGAGAAGGGCGGCCGGGAGCGCCCCGCCGCCGGCCCGUUCCCCCGUCCGCCCGCUGAGGAGAAGCCCGGGGAGGGCCAGGCCCCGCCGCAGUCAGCUCCCGGUGCCCCCCGGGCGGGCAGCGGCGGCAGCAGCCCGGCGCAACACCCGUCCCUGGAGGAGCAGGCCUCCUAUAAAGAUAAUCAGAAGAGCAAGGAGAGUAAUCAAGUCAUCUUGCCCACGAAAGAGGACGCCUUCUCGGAUAAGAACAAGGAGCAUAAUUUUUUCAUCACAGAUUCAGAGCCUUCAGGAGGAGACUUCUGGAGAGAUAUAGCAGGAGAACACACACAAGAAACCAAUUCACCUCAUUCACUGAAGAAGGAUGUGGAAAACAUGGGGAAAGAGGAACUCCAGAAGGUUUUGUUUGAACAAAUCGACUUACGGAGGAGACUAGAACAGGAGUUCCAGGUGUUGAAAGGAAAUGCGUCCUUCCCAGUCUUCAAUAAUUUUCAAGAUCAGAUGAAGCGGGAACUGGCGUACAGAGAAGAAAUGGUGCAGCAGCUACAAAUUAUUCCCUAUGCAGCAAGCUUGAUCAGGAAAGAGAAGCUCGGUGCGCACCUCAGCAAAAGCUAAAGAAGCUUGGGAACUUCUGCAGCUGUUAACUUGUAAGUUAUAACUCACCAGUCAGAACCCUGACUUGUACAAAAGACUUUAAAAGGAGGGCUUGGGGAUUUAAAGAACAAACAGAACA